AUGCUAAGUGCUAGCAGGAUCAAUGGAGCAGAAAGAGGCCUGAGAUGUAUUCUUGGUAUUGGCAAUGAUUGUCCAGAUAGGCUUUUAUCUCAAGAUGAAGAUAUCUUUAAAGGCCUUGAGCUGGGGAAGCACCUCACGUUAAAGGUGUCAGGACUCAGGAGAGAGGGGGACCUCAAGAUUAAGAUCUCUUUAUCUCAAAAGGUCCCACGAUUGAAAAGAAACUUUACUCGAAUAAGGAUUCAUCUCAAUCAAAAGCAUAAAUCAAAAGCAGUCACUAAACCUGGCCAGCUUGUUGAAUUGAAAACUCAACGAACUGGACCUUUGAGCAGACAGGAUUUUGAAUUCAACUGCAUGAUCAACUAA